GUAGCUUCUAGAGGCGACUACGCCCAGACUGUCGUACCGUCAACUUGUCCCAACAGGGGGGAUCCCCCGGCCGCUUCAUAAAUCGUUAGGCGCUGCUACGCCCGCCGAACGGCACAGUGAUGUGCGUUCCACGGCUCGGUGCAACAUCGCGGCUUUUGCCUGCUUACUAGUUCUCUUUCCCUCCUUUACCAACGAUCCUCUUUUGCCCUGUACCAUUGGUUGUUGUAGUCCUGUCCGGUUGGUCGUCAUUCUCUUCUUUGGGAUCCGAGAUACUGGGUUGGGACCUUUCCGAGUUUCCUUCAACAACAAGAACACCAACAACCACCACCACCACCUCUAUUCUCUCGUUUCUGUUGUUGUGUUGCUGCCACUAGUACAUCCUCCCCAAUGCUUACGUGGCGCGUGGGCGUUAUAGACGAAUAAUGUUUUCUUUGCGAAUUUCAACGCUGCUACUCGCUCUUUUUACGGCGGCGCCCACUACCCUCGUUCACGGACUUAAAUACACUCUCUCAGAAAAGGACUAUAAUCUUAAUCAGAACCCUACAGCGACAAAUCCGCUUGAUUAUUCCGGCCAGCGGGAUAGCAAUCACACAUACGCCAAGUCCCCGGACAAUUGGAGGUUUCCCUUCUACACCGUCUUCCUGGAUCGUUAUGCCAAUGGCGACCCCACGAACGACGAUGCCAAUGGCACGAUCUUCGAGACGGAUUAUAUGAGCACCCAGCUGCGCGCCGGCGGUGAUCUCCAAGGCUUAAUAGACUCGCUCGACUACAUAGCGGGCAUGGGCAUCAAGGCUAUCUACAUUGCUGGUUCCCCUUUUAUCAACCUGCCCUGGGGUGCUGAUGGAUAUUCGCCGCUUGACUUGACCCUGCUAGAUAAGCAUUUCGGAGAUAUUGCACAAUGGCAAAAGGCUAUGGACGAGAUCCACAACCGCAACAUGUACGUGUUGCUGGACAACACCAUGGCCACCUUGGGUGAUCUGAUCGGAUUUAACGGGUACCUCAACACAAGUACCCCCUUCUUGAACGAGGAGCACAAGGUAUCCUGGAAGUCAUCGCGUCGAUACCUCGACUUCGACAUUGGCAACGAAUACAAUGAGACAUGCGAAUACCCGACGUUCUGGUACGAAGACGGCUACAAGGUCAACUCGACGGUGCAGAACUCGCUCAAGGGCUGUUACAACAGCGACUUCGACCAGUAUGGUGACAUCGAAGCUUUCGGCGUGUUUCCGGAUUGGCAACGUCAGCUGGCCAAGUUCGCCUCGGUGCAGGAUCGUCUUCGUGAGUGGGUUCCGUCGGUAAGAGAGCGCCUGGAGCACUUCUCGUGCCUAACGAUCGGAAUGCUCGAUAUCGACGGCUUCCGUGUCGACAAGGCUAUGCAGGUCACGGUGGAUGCGCAGGCGUCUUUCAGCGACGCCAUGAGAACGUGCGCCAAGAAGUACGGCAAGGACAACUUCAUGGUUGUGGGCGAAAUCACGGCCGGUAACACGUUGGGCUCUGUCUACCUGGGGCGUGGUCGCUCGCCCGAUAUGAAGCCGGCUGAUGCGGCAACGGCGAUGACGCUCGACGUGAACUCGACCGAUGAUGCUCAGUAUUUCAUCCGCGAAGAAGGCCUGAGUGCUCUGGAUGCCGGUGCUUUCCACUACUCCGUCUACCGAUACCUGACCCGAUUCCUCGGCAUGAGCGGAAACCUCGAGGCCGGAUACGAUCUGCCGACGGACUGGGUCCAGAUGUGGAACGAAAUGAUCCUGACCAACGACUUUUACAACGUGAACACUGGCGAGUUUGAUCCCCGCCAUCUCUUUGGUGUGACCAACCAGGAUGUUUUCCGCUGGCCCGCCGUCGAAAAGGGAAUUGAGCGCAUGCUGCUGGGGCACUUCAUCACGACACUGACCCUUCCGGGCAUCCCGCUGAUGUACUAUGGCGAGGAGCAAGGCUUCUACGUUCUGGACAGCACGGCGUCCAACUACGUUUUCGGUCGUCAGGCCAUGUCGCCAGCGCUGGCGUGGAAGAGGCACGGCUGCUUCUCGAGCGCCAACGAAAUUUACACCAAUUGGCCGGUCAGCAAGGCGACGCAGGGCUGUAACGAUGCCAGCGUGGCUCUUGACCAUCGCGAUCCGUCGGCCCCGCUGCGCAACACCAUGAAGCACAUGUUUUCCUUGCGCGAUUCAUUUCCCGUGCUCUCGGAAGGCUGGUUGCUGCAGCAGCUGGCGGCCAAGACCACCACCAGGUUGUUGAACGGCAGUUCGGCCGAGACCACCUUUGGCAUCUGGAGUGUUGCCCGCGGCAUGAUGGCCGAUGUGCAAAACGCAACGUCUGAGAAGCCCGUGUGGCUGGUUUACCACAACAACGAGAACACUACCACUUAUACCUUCGACUGUAGCGACGCAUCGGAUGCCUUUUUGGCUCCCUACGAUGCCGGCACUACGGUGCAAAACCUGUUCAACACGGACGACACGGUAACGCUGGAGGAAUCGGCCGUUUCCAACAAGAACUGGACCGGCACGUCUAACUCGGCCGGGUGCCUCAGCUCCAUCACCAUGAAGCCCUUUGAAUACCGUGCAUACGUGCCCCAGUCUCUGGCUGUGACCCCCGGGCCCAUGAUCACCAAGUUCGUUCCGGGCCACGACGCGCCCAUCGACUCAACCGAUGCCAAUGGCCAAAUCGAGAUCAGCCUGCACUUCAACAUGGAGAUGGACUGCGAUUCCAUCACCAACUCCAUCUCUGUGACCUCCACCAUCGACGGUUCGGGAACGACCAACACCAGCACUUUCAGUGACCCUGUCUGUACCGCCACAACUGACGACACCGAGGACUUUGUCGGCUACAUUGCCACCAAGUGGUCCUGGACCUCGACUCUUUCCAACCUGGAAGACGGUGUUCAUCGUAUCACCCUGGACAACGCUUUGUCGGCGGACAACGUGGCCACCAACAGCACCGACCACUUCUUGAUUCGCUUCGGCCAGCCCAACAACCCCGUCGUGUUCCCAGAAUCGGCCAACUAUUCGAGCACGCUUCUCACCAUGGACGAUAAAGAGGCCCUAUACGUGACCCACACCGCCCCCGGAGCCUCCAAAUGGCGGUACAGUACCAACUGGGGAUCGUCCUGGAGCAACUGGAUCGAGUACGCAACAGCCAAGACCAAGAUCGUCAAGCAAAGCUGGGACGGAACAACGGAGCAGGCCUGGGACGGCGAGCACGUCAUCGUCCAGUACUGGAGCCAACCUCUAGGCUCGUCCGCCUUCGUCCAGCAUUCCGACGUUGGGGCCGACUCGGGCUACCCUCGCCGCUUCCCUCACGUCUUUCUCCACGGUGACUACAACCAGUGGGGCUACGAUGCCGGUUUGGCCAGCUCCAUGGAUCUCGUCGGCAGCAGCACUUGGGAGCUACACUUCAUGUACGAGUGGCCUGCCAAUUUCCAGAUGAACGUUUGGGGUAUCAACCCGGACGCCCAGCCUGACCAAAGUUUCAUUUACGGUGAUAUCGACGACGACGGCGUCAUCGAUAGACUACCACCCAGCAGUUUGUCCGAAAACGUCGUGAACAUCACGUCGCCCCCCGCGUGGCCCGCUCUGUCGUACAAGCUGCGCUUCAACGACGCCACUUGGACCUUUAGCAGGGUGCCCCAGGGCCAUGUCUCUGUCCAGAUUCUUCUCUUCAUUCUACUCGCCAUCAUGCCUGUCGUUCUCGCCGGACUGGCCGGGUGGGCCUACGUCGGCAGCUUCUACCGCGUUAAGGUCAACAAGGUGGGUUUCAGCACCAAGGUGAAAGGCCUGGUGCCCAUGGCCUUCCUCAAGAGGAGCAAGUCCAACUCGCAGGAGGAGAAGAACAACAAGGCCAUGAUCCACAUGACCCCGAUUCCCGCCUCGCCUAUGUCUGCGGGCACCCCGGCGCUGCCCACCAUCACGGGCGACAGGAGGACGGUUCUCAUCGCCACCAUGGAGUACAACAUUGACGAUUGGGGUAUUGGUAUCAAGAUUGGUGGUCUCGGUGUUAUGGCCAAGCUCAUGUCCACGGCCCUGUCUCACGUUAACCUUGUCUGGGUCGUGCCUUGCAUCGGCGGUAUCGACUACCCCAUCGACACGCCCGUCGAGUCCAUGUUCGUAAGCUGCAUGGGUGAGCAAUUCGAGGUUAUGGUGCAGUACCACAAGUACAAGAACAUCACCUACGUUCUCCUGGACGCGCCUAUCUUCCGUCAACAGACCAAGGCCGAGCCCUACAUGGCCCGCAUGGACGACGUCGAAAGUGCUAUCCUGUACGCCGCCUGGAACAGCUGUAUCGCCGAGACUAUGCGCCGUUUCCCCGUUGAUAUCUACCACAUCAACGAUUACCACGGUGCCGCCGCCCCGCUCUACCUGCUGCCCCAGACCAUCCCGACCUGUCUCUCCCUCCACAACGCCGAAUUCCAAGGUCUCUGGCCUAUGCGUACCCCUGAGGAGCAGCGGGAAGUCUGUGACGUUUUCGGUCUGCCCAUGGAUAUUGUCAAGGAGUACGUCCAGUACGGUUCCGUCUUCAACUUGCUCCACGCCGGUGCCAGUUACUUGCGUCUGCACCAGCGUGGUUUCGGUGCCGUGGGUGUGUCCAAGAAGUACGGUGAUCGUUCGCUGGCUCGAUACCCCAUCUUCUGGAGUUUGAAGGAAAUUGGUCAACUCCCCAACCCCGAUCCCUCCGAUACUGCCGAGUGGAACCCGGAGAUGGAGGACCUGGGCGAAAAGGGCAUCAAGGUCGACCCCGCAUUCGAGGCUGCCCGCGGUGAUCUCCGCAGACAGGCUCAGGAAUGGGCCGGACUCGAAGUCGACCCCACGGCCGAGCUGUUCGUCUUCGUCGGUCGUUGGUCCGUCCAGAAGGGUUGCGAUCUGAUCGCUGAUAUCUUCCCCAGUAUUCUGGAGAAGUACCCCAAGACGCAAUUGAUCGCGGUCGGUCCCGUUAUCGACUUGUACGGCCGUUUUGCUGCCCUCAAGUUGGAGAAGCUGGUCGAGAAGUACCCCAGGCGUGUGUUCAGUAAGCCCGAGUUCACGCAAUUACCCCCGUACAUCUUCAGUGGUGCCGAAUUCGCACUUAUCCCGUCUCGUGACGAGCCGUUCGGUCUCGUCGCUGUCGAGUUCGGACGUAAGGGUGCAUUGGGUGUGGGGGCCCGAGUGGGUGGUCUCGGACAAAUGCCAGGUUUCUGGUACACGGUCGAGUCCAUGACACCGGCCCAUUUACUGGACCAGUUCAAGCAGUCUAUCGUCUCCGCCCUGGAGACGAAACAGAAGAAGCGCGCCGUCAUGAGAGCAUGGAGCGCCAAACAGCGUUUCCCCGUCGCACAAUGGGUGAGACAACUUGACUCUCUGUACGCCGAGUCGAUCCGCAUUCAUAACAAGGAGGCAUCCCGACGGAAACGUCUCACGAGCCGGUCGCUCAUCUCUCUCACCCUGCGCGGCAAGGAGAAGGAGACGGGAGGCGAUUUCCUGUCCAGACCCGGCACCCCCUCGGGUCGUCCAGCCAGUCCCAACUCGGCCCUGGGAUCCCCUCCUCACGCUAACAGCCCCAUGCUGCACGGCAAUUCGGCCACGUUGGCCUCCCCUAGUCUCCAAACCCCGACCUUCCCCUGGGCCAACCUCUCCCCCGGAUCGGCCCGCAACUCGGUCGCUAGCUCCGUCUUCAACCCCCACGACCGCUCGAGUAUGGUCAGCGUCGACAGUCUCGCCAUCCGCGCGCAACAAGACGGGCCUACGAACCCCGGCGCCGAGCAGGGUCUCGGCCUCGCGGGUCUCGAACUCCCCAAGCCUGGCUUCUACCUCAACCAGUCGUACCGCAACAGCAGUCAACUUUCCCUACCUGACGUGGUGGGAGAUAGGCAGGACAUGAAGCUGCAAAAGGUGGACCUCUCCUUCACUGAUAACAACGGCGAAUUCUACGCCGAGUUCGAGGAGAUGCUCGCCAAGAACCUGACGGCCAAGAACUCGCACAACGACUUGUGUAUCGAGACGUUCCUGAAGAAGAGCGAGAAGCAGUGGUUCAGCCGGUACCGCGACGCCAAGCUAGGUCGGUCGCGCGACGCGAGUCGGACACGAAGUCCAGCGCCGGGUCGGCCCGAAAGCAGAGGUGGUGAUAGCAGGAAUACGUCUGUUGUGAGUCGUGGACGCCAACGGAGACGGAGCCUCACGCCGCAUAGCAUGUUGACGUACGAGACGUCCAUGGAGACUCCGCCGUUGGACGACGAGUUCUUGCUUGGUGAUGGGUAUAAGGCCCCCACGGGUCUGAAGAAGUUGCUUUCCAUUCGCAUAGGGGAUUGGCCCAUUUACUCGUUCUUGCUCGCACUGGGACAGGUCAUUUCGGUGAACUCGUAUCAGAUUGUGCUGUUGACCGGCGAGACGACGCAGACGCCCGUUAAGCUGUACAUUGUUGCUGCAUCGUACUUGGUCUCCUCCGUGGUGUGGUGGUUGCUGGUGCGCAAUUUCAAGAGCGUAUAUGCCCUUUCGAUACCGUGGAUCUUCUUUGGCUUGGCGUUUAUGAUGCUUGGUGUGGCGCCUUUCGUGUCGUACUGGCAGACGCGGAUUUAUGUCCAGACGGUUGCCACUGCGUUUUAUGCGGCGGGUGCUAGUUUUGGAUCUUUAAGUUUUGCGUUGAAUUUCGGUGAUGAAGGCGGCUCCCCCACCCGCCAAUGGAUCACCCGCGCCCUCGCCGUAUCCGGCGUGCAACAAGUUUUCACCCUCGCGCUCUGGUACUGGGGUUCCCUCGUCUCCAACUCGGAAGCCAGUGCCACGGGCUUCGUCGGCUCCUCGCCCAUCCCCAUGGCCCUCGUUAUCUGUGUGCCCCUCGCCUUUAUCCUCUGGGCCGUGGGUGUCAUCCUCUACCUGGGCCUGCCCGACUACUACCGCCAGUCCCCUGAGUCCAUCCCGGGCCUGUACAUCUCCCUUAUGCACCGCAAGCUCGUCCCGUGGUUCUUCGUCAUGAUCAUCAUCCAGAACUACUGGCUGUCUGCCCCUUACGGCCGUAACUGGCAGUUCCUCUUUGCCUCGCAGUACGUGCCCGGCUGGGGCAUCUUCCUCCUGGCGCUCGGUUUCUUCGUCGGACUGUGGGCUGCUAUUCUUUACGGCUUCUCCUUCUUCUCCGAGCGCCACACCUGGCUCCUCCCCAUCUUCGCCAUCGGCCUUGGCGCCCCCCGUUGGGCGCAGAUGCUCUGGGGAACCUCAGGUAUCGGCUGGUACCUCCCUUGGGCCGGCGGCCCCGUCGGCUCCGCCAUUCUCUCGCGUUGUCUGUGGCUUUGGCUCGGUCUGCUCGAUGCCGUUCAGGGUGUCGGGUUGGGUAUGAUGCUGCUCGCUACUCUGACGAGACAGCACGUCAUGGCAGUGCUUAUCGGAGCCCAGAUUCUUGGUUCUGCCAUCACUAUGUUGGCGCGUGCUACUAGUCCGAACAAGCUGUAUGCCACGGCUACCUUCCCCGAUUUCUCCCAGGGACUGUACCCCGGUGUCGCAAAUGUCUGGUUUUGGGUGUGUUUGGCGUUCCAGCUUGCUAUCCCGAUUGGGUUCUUCAAGUUCUUCCGUAAGGAACAGGUGGCGAAGCCGUAAUCGAAAAAGAAGAUAUAGUCUUGUUAUGUCGCGGUUGUUGGUCGUGUAGGUGUUGUUUGUCGAACGUUGCUGUCAUUUUCUAGGCUUUCUGGUUGGGUUAAAAUCUAAACAUCCAUGGUACCCGGUGUUAUCUAGUUGUGUUGUACAUGAUGACUUUUAGUAUGAUAUUCCCUUAUUUCUUUUACACAUACGUAUAUAUAUAUAUAUACAUAUAUCUUUAGACAUUCUUUGGAUAGGGAGCAUGAAAUAGAUACGUGUCUUUAUUC